AUGUUCCCUGAUGCUGACAAGAUCAAAGAGAAGGUUCGUGCAUCCUUGUUUGAAGAGGAACUGAACCCUGAGGACUUGUUCAAAACCACUGGAUGGUGCCAAGCAAUCGCACGUAAUCAGCUCUUCAAGAACAUGACCAUGGUUGUGAUCGUGUUGAACGCCAUUUGGAUUGGCAUUGACACCGACCUGAACACCUCCGACCUGGAGAUCAACUCACCGCUGAUUUUUCAAGUGGUGGACAACUUCUUUUGCAUCUUCUUUUCCUUCGAAAUUUCCGUGCGCUUCCUUGCAUAUCAGAAAAGCCGAGAUGCUUUCAAGGACUUCAGCUUUAUCUUUGACUUCUCGCUCGUUUUGACGAUGAUUUGGGAGGUCUGGGUCACUUCGAUGUUAGUCUUCCUCAUGCAAAGCCACUUGGGCGGCGCAAACUUGUCCGUGCUGCGGAUCCUCCGACUCUUCCGCCUCGUGCGAAUCGCGCGUGUAGGAAGGCUUAUGAGUUCAUGUCGCGAGCUCAUCGUCUUAGUGAAAGGCAUCAGCAUGGGAUUGCGUUCCGUGCUCUCCACCUUGUUCUUGAUGAUGGUGGUGAUCUAUGUCUUUGCGAUCAUCUUUACGCAGCUCUUCCGUGGCACGGACGAAGGUGCUGGUUGCUACGAUGGCGUCCUGGAAUCCAUGAACUGCCUCAUGCUGAAUGUGGUAUUUCCAGAGCAACAGGAGUUGAUGCACAAGAUGUUGGAGGUGGGUCCAAUCACCUACCUCCUUGGGCUUUUCUAUUUGUUGAUCACCGGCUUGACUGUGAUGAACAUGUUGAUCGGUGUGCUUGUGGAGGUUGUUUCAGUGACUGCGCAAGUGGACAAGGAGGAAACGGCCAUGAAGGCGGUGAAAGAGAAGAUUGAGGAGCUGAUUCCAGCAGAUUCCAGGCAGACCGGAAUCUCACGAGAACUUUUCAUGAAAGUCAUUAUGGACCAGGGCCUUGUCCAGACCUUGUCCAACAUCGAUGUCGACGUCAUGUCUGUAGUGGAGUACCCUGAGAUCAUGUACCAUUCUCGGAAUGCCUUGUCCGUGCCCGAGUUGGUGGAUGCGAUCCUGCAGUUCCGGAGAACCACCUCGGUAAGCAUGAUGGACAUCGCGCAACUGCGACGUUUCAUGGUGAAUGAACUCGAGGACUUGAGGGGCCUCAUCAAGUCCAACCAGAUGUGA